AUGUGCGGGGACGCAAGGAACUGGGACGAAGAAUCAUACAGAGAAACCAUAUUGAAGGAAAGGGAGAUCCAAACCCGAACCGUAUUCCGAACCGUUUGGGCUCCAUCCCUUAACCCUAACCCCGAAGCCAUCCUCGUCGCCUCCAGCGAUGGAUCGGUUUCUUCAUACUCCAUCCCCUCCCUCGUAUCCAAGCCCCCACUGGGUUUUAGCAAUGCGAAAGCUCCACACUCGUUAAUGGCUGAACCCGCUUGCUUCCUUCAAGCUCACGAAGGCCCUGCAUACGAUGUUAAGUUUUACGGCCAUGGCGAGGAUGCUGUUUUGCUGAGUUGUGGUGACGAUGGUCGGAUUCGAGGAUGGAAGUGGAAGGAUUGUGUAGAAGCAGAGGCGCCUAUUCAUUUGCAAGGAAACCAUGUGAAGCCACUACUUGACCUGGUGAAUCCGCAGCAUAAAGGUCCUUGGGGGGCUUUAUCUCCAAUCCCUGAAAACAAUGCUCUUGCCGUUAAUGAUCAGGGGGGAUCCAUUUUUUCUGCUGCUGGUGAUUCUUGUGUCUAUUGCUGGGAUGUGGAAAGUGGUCAAGUCAAAAUGACUUUUAAGGGGCACUCAGACUACUUGCAUUCUAUAGUUGCCCGGAACUCUACCAAUCAGAUCAUAACAGGUUCAGAGGAUGGGACAGCACGUAUAUGGGAUUGCAAAAGUGGAAAGUGUGUUCAAGUGUAUGAGCCAGCAAAGGGUACUAAAUUGAAAGGAUUUUUUUCCUGCGUAAGUUGCAUGGCUCUUGAUGCAAGUGAAAGCUGGUUGGCUUGUGGUAGUGGUCGGAGUUUAUCAGUUUGGAAUCUUCCUGCUUCUGAAUGCAUUUCAAGGACUUCAACUCGUGCAUCUGUACAGGAUGUAGUAUUCGACGAAAAUCAAGUAUUUGCAGUUGGAGCAGAACCUCUACUUUGCCGUUAUGACAUAAACGGGGCGAUCCUUUCACAAAUGCAAUGUGCUCCUCAGUCAGCCUUUUCCGUCUCAUUACAUGCAUCUGGGGUUACAGCAGUAGGAGGUUACGGAGGUCUUGUUGACAUUAUUUCGCACUUCGGAAGUCACUUGUGCACAUUCAUCUGCCGAUGUGUUUAG